UUUGAAAUCACGAUUUGAGCAGGAAACAUGAUUAUAGCAUGGGGAAGUGUGAGUUUUUUCUGUUCAUAAUUCUGGAAUCAAUGCUUUUUGAAAAAAAUCAUGGAGUUAGAUAUGUUCUCUCCGCUUUUUGUGUCGAGAAGAGGAAGCGAGUAGGAGAAAAAUGGCGUCUUUAUUUCGCAAUUGGCUGUCAUCCGGUACGACUGGGAGAGAGCGCUCACCUCGUAAUUCGACGGGUAGUGCCGUCACGGGUGCAGUGUAUUUUGCCUCCUUAUUUAUCCUUUCCAGUUGAGUUCCGGUAAUAGCUUUCCCGUAUUGCUCUCCUUGGAGAUUUUUUUUGUGUAGUAUCAAAGCAAAAAACAGACAGGUCCGGCGGUGCAGUGGGCGGAAAAAAUUUGGAGCCAACCGCUGCACUAGUGCGAACCUUCUUUCGCUUCGCGUGGGAAGAUUAUGGCCUCGUUGUAGAAGAGAAGACUCCUUGAGAAGUAAUAUCAUUUAAGGGAACAUAACUUUUGUUAGCGAUGAAGAAUAAGAGGUUGCCCACUUCUCGUUCGUAUCAACAUGUAAUCAAUAGGUAUCAAGAAUAUUAUGUAAAUGAAUAAGACUACCCUCACCUAGAAGAAGCAGAAAGCAAGACUUCGUGGAAGUUCUUUUGGUCUAAGCAAGGAACGAUGUUGAGAUUCGCGUGGUGGGAUCGUGCCCUCAGUUGGGGUCGUGGGAUCCACUGAAAGGUGUGAAAUUAGAGACGAGUUUCGAGUUUUUUCCAGUCUGGAUCAGCAAGGAUCCGGUAUACCUGCCUCUAGGGGUACAGAUCGACUAUCGCUAUGCGGUCAUCACGAGAAAUAGCAGUGGUGAAGGGGGCAAUGGAGGAAAGCAGGGGGGUUCUUCGUCAAGCGUGGCCGCUUCGGGUGGUGGAAAAAGGGCCUCAUUCGCGGGUAGUUCGAGUGCGGAAAAAGAGGCGACAAGCAUACGUUGGGUGACGUCGCCUGGAAAGGUCCGCGUUCCCUCAGCAGAUAACAGCGAGACGCUGAUGAUUGAAAACGAUGCAGACGAGGAAAGUGGCUGUCUCGCGCUGCUUCCCACAGGACCGGAAAUGACCGCCGAAGACGAUGGUAAGUAGAUUUUCUGUGUUUCUAACGUGAGAAGAUUUUAUAAACAGAUCUGAGGACGAGCUUGGGAUUGCAGAUGUAAUCUGUACCCCUGCUUGUAGAAAUAGGUCACUUUGAUCCACACCACCUACGAUAAUGCCUUUCAGGUGGGUUGUUUCGCAAAUUUUCUGGGAAGACUGCUGAAGACUUGGCGCAGAAUACGAUGACCGUCCGAUCAGCAUGGGGCGACGCACUUGACCAAUUGAACAGCUCCCACUCGCCACGCGCAGACCAAUCGCCGACCGAUGUGGACUUAGGAAAACUUGUUUGCUGACUUUGCUAUUAUUUCCCAGAUAUUAACCGCGCAUCAGGUUCAUGACUUGUCCUCUUACAGUUGUAAGUAUGGUGGUAGUCGUACGUAGACCUCGAUUGAUGCUCGAGUACAUCUAAGAUCCGACGCGAUCGAAACGCGGCUUCAGGAGCUUGAAGAGCAGGAGUUGUGGACAGGAAACACGACCGUUCUCGUCAUCGCGUUUCAGCUUCCUGUGAAAGCGGUGCGCAGUGAGGACGGCAAGUGGGCUGUCACAACAGUGAAAAGUCAUGUCUUUCCGACGAUUCCCAGCCUCAGACGGAAGAGCGGGCACGAUAUUCAGAUACUCAACAUUGGGUGGCCAGGAGUGCAUGUGGAUUCGGAGUACGACAAAAGGCAAAUAUCGGACCUCUUACUGAGCCAUAAUUGCGUACCAGUGUUCCCAAACCCUCAAGAAUUCGAUAACUUUGUGCGGUUCUCGCACGAUCUCCUCUGGCCAGUGUUUCACGAUGUAAUGACGAAAAUGGUCGGCCGAACAGAACCCUUUGAUGAAGAGCACUGGGCAUCAUACCAAAGGGUAACUAAUGGUUGUUCGUUUUACAGAGUAUACAUUGUACUUCGUUCGUGUAGAAACAUCCUGUUAUCGUUGAAAUGUGAACAGAGGAAUGUCAUUUCUUGGUAAAAUGACCAACACCUCUCUUGUCAAGUUUACAUUUAUUGCGCUGGCAACUAAUACCUCGGCAACGUAACCAUAGGAUUCAUACGCAAGCGACUAUACAGGUGAAUCAUGCUUACGCCGAUGUCGCGAUCCGGCAUUCGCACGAACAGGACCUGUUUUGGGUGCACAACUAUCAUCUGAUGUUGUGUCCUCAAUAUCUGACGCGGAAAUUGCGCAUGGCCAAUAUUGGUUUCUUUCUGCACACGACCUUUCCGAGUUUCGAUAUUUUCCGAUCGAUUCCUUGUCGUGAGGAACUCUUGCGUGCUCUCUUGUGCAGCGAUUUGAUAGGGUACUUUCUCAUAUGCCUUUGAAAUACUUCUAAAUCAAUGAAUUAUUAUGUGAAGUCAUCAUAUUGCACAUAGAACAAGAAAAAGACCGAGUAAAAUCGCUAAUGGACGAUCAGGAGUUGAGCGAUAUUUUCAUGCAUUCCUACAACUGUGGACUUUCAGGUUCCAGUUUUUUGAUCACGCGCGGAAAUUUUUUGUGUGUGUCAAGCGCUUACUUGGUCUAGACUGGCAAUAUCUCCCAAAUGGGCAGCUCGCGCUUGCGUAUGUAGGUCGUGACGUCUGUGUCAAAGUGUCACAUACCUGCAUCUCUGCCGAAAAGGUCGCCUCCGCGUCUGAGGUGCUGAGGCAGGCAAUAGAGGCCGACGUGAAAAACUACAAGAAGCCGAAGGUAAUUACGGCACCCGGAACUACGGGGAGUCAAAAUCUCUACAACAUUGCUGGGGGUAGGCCAGGGCAGCAAAUCAUCGGGUCCACGAUUGCUGCCGACGACCUUCCAGGCAGUAUCGCAAAUAGCCCCUCGACGACUCCGUCGAUUGUGUCUCCCACGACGCGGAUAAGGACAGGCAGUGCAGCUGGCAGUAAGACUUUGUUGGAUUCGAAUGCAGGGCAGAAUGGAGAGGUUUCGUCGGCCACGAAUCCAAUAGGGGCGGGGCUAGGCAUGAAGAAAACGACGAGCAGCACAGGAUUUCUCUCAGCGGGUGGCGACACGGCUCCCGAGCCCCCAGUCAGCAUAUCACGGGCUACCGCACCGGGUCCGCCCUCGUCAGCUUCGACUAGUGCUAGCGGGCGAGGCCCCGCCACGCUGAAACCGCCCGGGUUGACUGUUUCACCUAGUGCACCCCCAAACAGCAUGUUAGCGAGCGCCACGGUCAAUGGCAUGCUGAGGGAGCAGCGAGGAGGUAGCGCGUCGAGUAGCAAUCUACUCGCAACCUCCGCGGGGCCGCCGCAGUUUACUAGCUCCGGAAAUUUAGCGGGCAAGGCAAAGAGUGCUUUGGAGAAGAGUACUAGAGGUAACUUCGGAGGAGGAGCGAGUAACACCGGCACCAUCGGAGGCGGUAGCGGAGGCCAGGGUUUCGAACCACCAGACGCAAACACUCGGCCUCCAGGCUCAAGUAAUGAGUGGUUGAGUAAUUAUGCCAGCGACCAAACGAGUUCACCGAGUACGACAGGAAUUGCUUUGGUCAGUGGACUACCACUGGCGAGGCAGCACAGCGGGGACGCAAGAGGCAGCACCGUUGUACAAAAGUUUCGGUCCUUUAGGCGGGGUCUUUUUUUUCACUUGCGAGAAGACAUGGGAAGCCGGAUAAUAUUUACCGGCAUAGACCGAAGCGAAGCGCUAGCUGGGACCAUGCUGAAAAUGCGAGCAUGGCAUUCUUUUAUGAAACCACAGUGUUAGCACUAUAUUUAUAAGUUUGUGAGGCACACAUGGCUUAUCGUUGUACUAUCUUCAGGUAGCUUCUACGCCAUAACUCCUCGUGAAGGAUAUUCUUAGUGUCCCUGCCAACGGACUCGAUUUUCGAGUUUCACCCUUGUUUCUUAUUUUUGUUCAUGUUUCUCUUGACCGCGUAUCCGAGUUUGCGGAAUAAAGUAGUGCUCAUUCAGUGCGCUUACCCAUCGGUUUCACACCCGGAUGAGCAGGGGAGGUUGUUCGAGAACCUAGAGGCUAUCACAACAUCAAUCAACGAUACGUUCGGACACCACGUGUUGCUGAUCUUAAGCGAAAUAGACCGAGACGAAAAGCUCGCACUACUCCAAGCAACGGACGUGCUAUUGGACACCCAGGUGAAAGAUGGGAUGAAUCUAUGUCCGCUGGAGUUCCUCGCGUGUCGUUCGAAGGAGCGAAUAGCGCCCGUCAUAGUAUCGGAGUUUUCCGGAGUAUCGCAGGUCUUGCAAGGUGCAGUUUUGGUAAACCCUUGGAACACGUCUCAGGUGAUCGCAGCGUGUGCCAAAUGCUGCCGAAUGUUAUGCUGUUUCAGAAAUAAGAUUGUGUUGCCUUCAGACUGCUUAAGCAUACCCGGAUUCUUCACGUGUUGUAUGCAAUUACGUGAUUCAUCAACAUGCAUGAGCAUGAGCUACACCAUGUGUACAACUGGAGAAGAUUAAGAAAUGAUUUCGUUCCUUCAUUCUGCUCCGACGAGGAGAAGAGAGAGAGGUUCAAUAGGGACUGGAGUUACGUUUGCUCGCGCGAUCCGUUCUCUUGGGUUGAGGAUUUUCUUGUGGAGUUGCGGGCCGCGAGGAAAAAAGACGACAAGAGCUACGUGGCAGUCGGGUUUGGUGCCAACUUCCGCCUUUUGAGUCUCGACACUGCUUUCACAAAUUAAGGCUCAUUUAAUCGAUACUCGUGUCAUUUUCCUUCCGUUGUGAGUCAGAUUCUGGUGAGGGCUAACCAGUAUUUUGACUUUUUUGCCCUUUCGAACUCUACUGAUCAAUCAUUAUGUUGUACCCUCUUCAUUCUUAGCUGUACACGGAGGACGUGAUCCACGCCUACAGGACAGCGCGAGGCUGUAGAGUUUUUUUGCUUGAUAACGAGGGCACCUUGGCACCGAAUCUCGCCACAAGAUUUGCGCGAACGCAGGAUAACCUUCGGGUUCGUGAGGUCUCCGAACUCAACAGCUACGGAGCGGCACCGAGUACGGUUGUCUUGCAGGCUUUGAUUAUGGCAGUAGACGUAAAAUUUUCAACUUCAAGUACCCAUGAUUAUAGACUGAUGUCAUCUAAUUCUAAGAUCUUGAUCUUCUUUACUCUUGGCUAGUGCACCCUAUAUAUAAGGUGGUUUCUUUGGUCAAUCAUACCAAACAGAUAUUAUCUGAUAAGUGGCGACUCUACAGUUGCAAUCCACCUCUAAUGCCCAUGAGCUAAUGAAAGAUCCACGGAAUAUAGUAGUCGUGAUAUCUGGACGUACGAAGGAGCAGCUCGAUCAUUGGUUCUCACAAGUGCCAAAAAUAGGUCUUGCGGCGGAGCAUGGUUUUUGCUACCGAAUACCACCUCUACUAGGAGAAGAGUGGGUGCAGCUGCAAACGGCAGCUACGGAUUUUCAAUGGAAGGUAAGUGCCUUAUACAUCAUAGAUAACUCAUAUUGGAAGAUGUGACUCUUGGAGUAUGAGGAGAAUCUUUCCAUGUGAUUUGUUUCGAAGAAACAAAGAUUUGAUGUGCCUACGACUUUGCAAGACGCACAAUACUUUGAGUUCUAGUGGAUGCAACACAUCAUCACAUCAGUCACUCGCCUGUCCUCUCAGCAAAUCGCGUUUGAGCUUAUGAAGGAAUAUUCAGCGCGAACCCAAGGCUCCUUCAUGGAAAACAAGGGCUCUGCUCUAGUUUGGCAGUACCGCGAAGCAGAUCCGGAAUUCGGUGAUUUGCAGGCAAAAGAGCUAGGACAGCAUCUGAGAGAGUUCAUGUUUGGGUACUACUACUACAAUACAUAGAAGAAUUUCUAUUUCAAUUUUUCUGGCCUUACGACGGCACUGUCUUUGGGUAGACUAAUGUUGGGGUUCGUUCAGCAGCAAGUAUUCACUAGAAAUUCCUCAAAAAGAUUGUUUCAGGUUAGCUUUUUUGGUUAUGCCUUUUCCUCCACACGAAUAUUUGGUGUCACACUUCUCUCAUCAUGUUUAUCAGAUUGCCAGUGGAGAUCACGAACGGCAAAGGGUAUGUGGAAGUUAAGCUCGCUGGUAUCAAUAAGGGUGCAGCCGUUAGCAAAAUCUUACAGAAGGUUUCGAAUAUUCGGGGAGAUCCGGACUUCGUGCUGUGUAUGGGUGAUGACCGCAGUGAUGAGAAUAUGUUUGAGGUUGUAAAUCAACUGCGAGACCUAGAGGAUCAUGCGGACCCGGCAGACCAGGACGAGGACGACGACAAGUCGACAUCGGACUGCGCGAGUAGGCAAUUCUUCCCUGUGGGCAUUGAACCGCGUCAGAGGCCACCCACAAUUAUGUGAUCAUGGAUAAAAACUGAGUACAACAACUACUAGAAGAACUAACAAGUUUGUUGAGCUGCAUAAUUGCGGGUCCCUCUUUGGUAUUAUGAGCGCGUGAAGGAUGAUUGGCGGCAGCCUCUACAGUCAAUAUAAUCUGAAAUGCGUAUCACCUCCAAGAAGUACAACAUCUUCAGACCCUGAAGGACUCAUUCUACGUAUCUUGUUUCUUCUUCAUUUCAAGCAGUGUGGUAGGCGGAACUGGGAUGAUACGGUCAGGAAGUGUGAACCAGAGUCAGGCUUUCGGACUGUUCAAUCAGGGCACCGUCUUAACAGACGGCGCGCAGACAACUCGCGAAAGAGAAAGGAAAAACAGCUUUAUCAGUUGUACCAUCGGACAAAAACCUUCGAAGGCCCGCCAUUAUCUGCAUGAUGUGGAGGAAGUCACAGAAUUACUUGCUGCACUGGAGCAUGCGGUGCAAGGAUGUUUGGAUGAUGACCGCGACCGCCUACAGCAAAUAGGUGGAAAGACCGCGCCAGCGGUGGUGCAGCAACCAAAUUUAUGCUCGCUGAUUUGUCAUUCCCCACUCAUGAAUCAUUUUAUUCCAAGUACUUACUUACUCAUAUAACCAAGGGCAAGCCCGUGAAGGCCACCCGCGCAAACACAAAACCGCGGGUCAAGAAACCAGGGCAGCCGCAGGAGCAAGUCGCUCCCAAGCCUAGAGGUAGGCCUAGAAAGGAGAAGACCACCGGCCGAGACCCCACCAAGCAAGUGCUGAUGAAGCCAACAGUCGCGCAGCAGCCAAAGAAGAGGGGCAGGCCUAAGAAGAUGCAGAUGCAUAACGUCGCGCUUGCCGGAAGCAGCGGCGCGGGCUUUCAGGAAGCGAGUAGUAGCAGCAAUAGUAGUCCCCCUGCACAAGCACAAAACCAGCAGUAGUUUUCUUACUUUUUUUGACUGAUUAGCAGGUAGACUCGCGCCCUAGCAUCACAAAAAGACUAAUCGUGAAGAGGAGGCGCGCGCCUUUGUGCUCUGAGUGUUCGCUGAAGGAGUUACACAUCAACAACGGCAACAACAACAACACCACAACCCGAAGGUAAGUCCCCCGCACUGUGUAGCGUAGUAUUUAGGGCCAUGAGUAGUUGGUGUAAGCGUUGUAGGGUGACUAGGUUGGAGCUGCUUCUGUGACUAUCGGUUUUGUUUACCCGAGCGUGUCGGCGUUACUCAUGCCAUGGCGCUAUCGGUUCUCUGCCGCGUCUCUACUCGGGUCGCAACGGAAUCAGGCAGCGUAAGUUGUCACGUGGUUCGCAAAUGAAUGAAUGAAUGAAUAACCAGCAUGCGUGGUUCUUCUACAAUAUCAGAUAAUAUACUUAAAUAUAAGGAAAUGUUGGUAAAACAUUACGAUGUUGACUAUCCACUGUUCAUAGUUCUACGCGGGUGGGUCAAAGACCAAGACACCGUUGGAUCAACUUGAUUUCGGUGCUGCAGAGCGAAAUUUCUCUGAGAGCAGUCUGAGUUCGACGGGCUAACGGCUUCUUCGCAUUGGGACGAAGUGAAAUUUUGACGAAAUGAUGCCAGGCCCACUGAGGCUUUAGAGCUGCGCGACCAUGCCGCUGAAAGCACUGCAGGAGAACCGCAAUGAAAUAGAGACUUACCACAACAUACAAUGACCUGAAACUGCAUACAGUGUGUAUCUAUAAUUUUCUUUCUUCCACUCCAUUUUUUGGCCAUCUUCAGUAGAUUUUUCAUGGAUGUAAUUUUGGAUUGGUCAUCUCUUCCCCUAUCAGAGUUGUACAGGAAUAAACUACAUGUUCAUCUAAUAUGCGCCGCUUGACAUAAUUGGAUAUCGUACUAAUAUGCAUUGUAUAAUUUGAAUUUGUAAGCAUAUAGUUGAUACAAGCCAUCGCCAUGUAAAUCAUGUAAAAAUUGAUAUUCAUUACUCCAUUGGAGGCUCGGCUUCCAUAAGCGUGUAUAAUCCUUGCUGAAGACCAGGUCGCCUGCCUACAUUUCAUUUUUUCAUUUUCGCGCAGUCGCACAUCUUCUUCUCCAUCACUCACUCAACAAUCUAACUCGUCUUCUAUUCAGUCAUCAGUCAACAAGAAACUCCUUUCACAAUCAGUCAACACCUCAGCUUUGCGUUUUUCAGUCGAAUACCAAUGUCUUAAAAAAUCAGUCCAGUCGUGGUCAAUCUAGUCGUAUUUCUUUGCGUUAACAAACGCAGCCUCCAGUGUAAGAAUCAUUCAAAUCCAUCACCAAUCAGUCACAACUAGGUUCUCAGCCGCAUUGUUUAGGUAGAAAAUUGAACCUGAAAGUCUGCUUGUCUGCAACUACCUACAUGUAACGAGUCUCUUGAUUCCAAAAUAACCAGGGACUCGAGGGACGAAUGUCAACAAAGCUAGGUCAUCACAGGUUUGCAGAGUAAAACUAAAAGCAAGAAGAUGUCAUGGCUCAAAAUGAACCCACAAUCUCGUGAGUCUCACAAUAGGUGUCGCUCAAGCAGAUUGGCUACGUUUAUUUCUAGAUUCUUAAUUGAUACUAGCCUCGUUCUUAUCUGUGGGCAACUCGAAGUCGAACGUGGUCGUUGGGUGAAAGCAGCAACUACGAAAGAAAGCCCA